UUCAUUUUAGCUUUUCAAAUAUUUAUUUAAAGUAUCUUGAUUUGGUGGUAGAGAUGCCUUUCUCAGCAGCCCGCUGUCUCGUCCUCCUAUUCCUCCUGAACGUCGUUGAUGCUGGACGGCUUCUGACGAAGAUCAAGGAGCGCGUGCGUCAUCUCCAGCUGCAAAGAGCCAAGCAGCACCUCCUGACACGCGCAGCCAGCGGUCGUCAGCCUCUCCAACACGUGAAGGAGGGCAGGAUUCACCAGAAGCUGGACCACUUCAACCGUCAAGACGCACGCACCUUCCCUCAGAGGUUCUUUGUGAACGAGGCGUACUGGCAGUCGCCUGAUGGACCCGUGUUCCUCUUCAUCGGGGGAGAAGGGCCCAUAUAUGAGUUUGAUGUUCUGGCAGGUCACCAUGUUGACAUGGCUGAACAGCACGGGGCUCUGCUACUGGUUCUGGAGCACCGUUUCUAUGGCGACAGCAUCAACCCCGACGGCCUGAAAACAGAGAACCUGGAAGACCUGAGCAGCCAGCAGGCGCUUUCUGACUUGGCUGUAUUCCAUCAGUACAUCAGCCAAAGCUUCAAUCUCAGCCACAGGAACACCUGGAUCAGCUUUGGAGGCUCGUACUCGGGAGCUCUGUCCGCCUGGUUCAGAGGAAAGUUUCCUCACCUGGUGUAUGGAGCUGUGGCCUCCUCUGCUCCUGUCAAGGCCAAACUGGACUUCUCUGCCUACAGCAAUACUGUUGGCCUGAGUCUAAUGAAUGGAGCGGUUGGUGGCUCAGAAAAGUGUCUGGCUGGUGUGCAGGAAGCCUUUGCUGUGGUGGAGGCAGCACUGAUAGGUGGCAAUGUCAGCCGGGUGGCCGUGGACUUCAGCUGUUGUCAGAUCCCCAAGGAGCUUGAUGAUAAGAUUGAGCUGAUGCAAAGCUUGGCCGACAUCUUUAUGGGAGCGGUGCAGUACAAUGAGGAAGGGGUGCUCAUGUCUGUUAAGGAGAUCUGUGGUGUUAUGACCAAUGGAAGUGAGGCACAUGAGGCGGAGAUGGAGGCUUACAACCGCCUUGUUAAACUUGCGCAGAUCUACAGGUCCACCAGUGAGGAACCAUGUCUUGACAUCUCCCAUGAGAAAGCGGUGAAAGAUCUGAUGGACACGUCCCUCCUCUCAGGCAGGAGGGUGGAGAGACAGUGGACUUACCAGACCUGCACCGAGUUUGGCUUCUACCAGACGUGCGAGGAUGCCACUUGUCCGUUCUCGGGGAUGGUGACCCUGCAGGUCCACACUAAAGUGUGUCCCAUGGUGUUUGGCAUUUCCCAGCAUUCCCUCCCUGGACGCAUUGCCUUCACCAACACUUAUUAUGGAGGAGACAAGCCUUCCACACAGAGGGUCCUCUAUGUCAAUGGUGGAAUUGACCCUUGGAAGGAGCUGUCAGUGGUGCAGAGCAGGACUGAGGAUGGUGAAGAAGCAGAAAGCAUUUUCAUUGAGGACACUGCUCACUGUGCUGACAUGACGAGUGAAAGAGUCACAGACCGCCGCUCGCUCAGGAAAGCCAAACAGGAGAUUGAGAAACAUGUGGCCAGCUGGCUGAAGACCGCUGCCCAAGAGAAAACCGCCUGAUCAGAUCACAUUAUAACCUGAUCAGCUCUUAUCACUGUUCCCUGGAACGGAUAAGAAGCCGUUAAUAAGCUGGUGUGUCUUGCUGCUCUGCUUCAUCAUCAUCAUCAUCAUCAUCAUCAUCUCUGCUUUCUUCUCUUUAAGAGAGUUUUGUUUUGUGCCUUUGCAGAUAUGUGUCCCGUUUUAAAGUCACUAUUAAUUUUGGAGUUCAGAAACAGCGUCAUUUUCAUGCUCCUCUUCCCAUGAUAUUUGAUAUUUAUGGAGAAUUUUGAGGUUUACAUCUACUGGGCUCAUGAGUGUCUGUGUUUCUACUAAAAGCAAUGAUUUAUUGUCUGUUUCUAUAUGUUGGCUUGUUGUGUGGCAAGUAAAAUAAAAGAUUUGAUGGUU